AUACUGUCACCAAGGUCUGAUAUUGGUAUAUAUAGUAGUGGUAAGAAAAGAAAGAAGUUAAGAGACGGUAUAGAGAAGAGAGAAUUGAAUGAAAAUAAUAAUAACAGUGAAAUUAGAAUAGAGGAAACUAGAGACCCAGCUGCUAUUGUGGCAUCAUUUAAAGCAGCUGAGAAUCAAGAGUUUGAACUAAUGAAAGAGUUAAGAAUACGUAAUAGUGAUAAAGUAUUAAGUCAAGCUAGUGAUGCUAGAUUCUGUGUCUGUCGUAAAGGAGCUUCUGGUAUGAUGUUACAAUGUGAACUCUGUAAAGACUGGUUUCAUGGAACUUGUGUACCACUUCCUAAAUCAUCCAAUUUGAAAAAUAAAACAUCACAAGCAGCAGUGAUGCAGGCUGCCAAAGAUAUGAAAUUUUUGUGCCCACUUUGUUUGAGAUCACGUCGUCCACGUUUGGAGGCCAUCUUGUCUCUGUUAGUAUCAUUACAAAAACUGCCAGUGCGUCUGUUAGAGGGAGAAGCAUUACAGUGUUUAACGGAACGUGCCAUGGCCUGGCAGGACAGAGCUAGACAGGCAUUAACCACAACAGAAUUAGCUUCAGCUCUAGCGAAACUCAGUGUUUUGAGUCAAAAAAUGGUGGAGCAAGCAGCUCGUGAAAAAACUGAGAAAAUUAUCAAUGCAGAACUAAUGAAAGCUGCAAGUAAUCCUGAUCUACAGGAUCAUCUAGCUAGUGUUACUCAGAGUGCGUUUAGUGGUAUAAACACUAUAUCUAAUGUGGUUAAAGAACACCCUGUGCCCACACCAGUGUAUAGUAAUAUUGCUGCUGACACAGAUAGUUCUCAAUCUUCUAUACCAUUAUCACCGCAAUCAUCUCAACAUUCAGAUGAUAUUCAAUGUGAUGUUGAGCAGACAGCACCUGUUAGUAUGUCAAUGGGAAUGACAUCAGAGCACGCUUACUCUUCUGUUUCUAAAGCUACAACUACAAUGUCUCCAAGAAAACAUCAGCGUAAAACUCCACUUAUACCGAGACAAUUAGAGACACCAACUUUAGAAUUGUCAUUAGAGGCUAGACAACAGCUGGAAGAUCUGAUGAUGGAGGGAGACCUUCUGGAAGUGUCACUUGAUGAAACACAACACAUCUGGAGAAUUUUACAAGCUUGCCAACCGAAAACAGAAGAUAAAUUCUUAGAAUUUGAGGAUGCUGAGGGAACUGAACUGAUACCAAGAGAAAAGAUAGAAAAAAUCAAACAAAAACUUCAAAGAGCUGAAAAUAAAGAAAGGAAAUUAAAACGCAAGAAAAUAAUUGGUGAAGCUGGUGAGAUUAUGUCACCAAAGAAAAAUAAAAUGUUGUGUAUUGAUCCUGAUAAAGCUAAGAAAAAGAAGAUCAAGAUUAAGAAAGAACCUGGUCUUUUAGAACCAGGAGAGAAAGAAAAUUCUGCAAAGGGAGGUAAAAGUCCUGAGAAGAAGAAAGAAAAAGUGAAGAAGAAAAGAAAAGUGAAGGUGAAUCCUGAUGGUACACCAGUUGAAAGAAAGAAAAGGAUUAAGAAGGAGAAGAAGAUGAUGGAUGAUGAUGAUGAUGACCCAUCUGAAGACUGUUCUGCUAUAAAGUGCCUUCGACCUUCUGGAGAGGAAGUCAAUUGGGUUCAGUGUGACAAAUGUGAACUUUGGUUUCAUCUUCUCUGUAUUGGUCUGGCUUCAGAUGAAAUUUCAGAGGAGGAGGAUUAUGUGUGUUUUAAAUGUCAACAAAUUUUACAGGGAGUUGUCUCCCCUUACCCACACAUUAAACAAGAGGAAGACUUUUUACCGUCAUCAACAACCAAUACCAUGCAAGAUACAAUGAGUAGCAUGCCUGAGAACAGUUCUCAGGAUUUCCAACCAGUUAAUCAAGAAGAUUCUCUGACUUGCGACCCAGUGAACUUGACAAAGGAGACUACUUCAAUUACCAACACAAUGGAUAUCAAUGUGGAAGAUAAUUCAAUGGACACUACAUGUGAGGACACUGUGGAAUCUGAAAUACUGGAUAAUAGUGCUGAAACUAAUGAAGAACAGUUACAUGCCCCUGAGGAAGAACUCUCUAGUGAGGAGGAGGAGGAAGAAGAGGAGGAAGAGGAAGAAUUUGAAGAAGGUCCACAAAUAGAGGAUAUUGUGAAUAAUGUAACAGACAAUGCUAUGGACUAUGAUAGUGUACAAAAUCAGGAAACGGAUCAAACGUCGACAUCUACUUCUCUCUUUGGACCCCACCCCUCUUGA